ACUCUACUCCUAGCACCAAUAUUUGGUCUGCGAUCCAAAACGGCUUGGCUAUCUAACUCUCCUCAAAAUGGUUGUCAAUCACUCCGGUGACAUGGGAUCAAUCUGGUCAGGAAAACUUCGAUUCCUUCUUGCACCAAGACUGUAUCUCUUGAUCUUUCUCUUCUGUCCUUCUGCAACUCCAUUAAGCUUUAAUUUCCCGAGCUUUAAUCAAGAUGAUGAUAUUGCCAAUAUAACUCUAGAAUCAGUCGCUGAUAUUAACAACGGAUUUCUCUACCUCACCAGAAGCGCAGAAGACCAACCAAAGGGUGGAACUGGUCGAGCUACCUACAAGCAACCCUUCCUGCUCCGACAAAAUGCAACCAGAAAACUCGCCGAUUUCACCACAACUUUUACAUUCUCCAUUUAUGCGCCAGAUGAUGCCAAUUUAACAUGGGGUGCCGGUGAUGGACUGGCCUUCUUCUUAGCGCCAGACGGGUCCGAACUCAACAGCUCAAACGACGACGGCUUUGCUCUCGGCCUCCCCUUGUAUCAUCGGUACCCAUUUGUGGCGGUGGAAUUUGAUAUCUACAAGAACGUCAACGAAUCCAUCCCCAACACAAAUGAAACCUUCGACGACCCAUUCGAAUCCGACGAUCAUGUGGGUAUCGACGUCAACACUGUCAAGUCGUUGACUACCAGGCCUUGGAAUGGUAGUAUUAUCGAUGGACAAAACAAUGAUGUCCGGAUCAGUUACAAUUCUAGCACAAAAAAUCUUAGCGUUGCCUUCACAACUUUUGUGAAGAAUGGUGCCAAGGAGAUGAGCUAUAUUAAUCACACAGUCGAUCUGAUGAAGCAUGUCUUACCGGAUCGGGUCAUUGUUGGGUUCUCGGCUUCAACAGGUAACGCUUCUGCUAUAUUUAGGAUCGUCUCGUGGAAUUUUACUUCAACUCCUCUGGUUGAUGAGAAUGCCAGGGACAACACUCCGGUAAGUGUACCUUCUGCUCCUGCGCCUAGCCCUAUGGCUAGUUCUGAUCCCAACUCCGGCAAUAAAGGACUAGUUGUUGGGUUGGGGGUUGGUGCAAGUAUUAUUCUAGUUGGUGGGUUGGCUUUGGUCUGCUUUAUCUUUUGGAAGAAGAAAGAAACGACGGACAGUGAUGAAGAUCCUAUCGUUGGUGAUGCCACUGACGAUGAAUUUGAACAAGGGACCGGUCCCAGAAAGUUUUUGUACGGCGAUUUAGUCCGGGCAACUGGUAACUUUCAAGAGGAAGAAAAGCUUGGCCAGGGAGGAUUUGGUGGGGUUUAUAAGGGAUUCAUAAAGGACUUGAACUCAUAUGUAGCUGUGAAGAGGAUAUCCAAAGGAUCUAAACAAGGAGUGAAGGAGUACGCAACAGAAGUAAGGAUCAUAAGUCGACUUAGGCAUCGGAAUCUGGUGCAACUCAUUGGUUGGUGCCACAAGAAAAAAGAACUCCUGCUUGUUUACGAGUUCAUGCCCAACGGCAGUUUAGAUUCACAUUUGUUCAAACAAAAAAGUUUGUUAACUUGGGAGGCCAGGUACAAAAUAGCUAACGGCUUGGCAUCGGGGUUGCUUUAUCUACACGAAGGAUGGGAACAAUGCGUUUUGCACAGAGACAUCAAAUCUAGCAAUAUCAUGUUAGAUUCCAAUUUCAACGCAAAACUUGGGGAUUUUGGGUUAGCUCGGCUUGUGGAUCAUGGCAAACAAUCACAAACAACGGUUUUGGCUGGAACAAUGGGCUACAUGGCUCCUGAAUGUGCUACUACUGGAAAAGCUAGUAAGGAAACAGAUGUCUAUAGUUUUGGAAUCGUUGCUUUGGAGAUAGCAUGUGGGAGAAAACCGAUUGAUGUCAAUAUGGGAAGAGAUCAAAUCAAUAUUGUAGAAUGGGUUUGGAAGCUAUAUGGAGAAGGGAGAGUCGUUGAAACAGCCGAUCCAAAACUCUGCGGUGAUUUUGAUGAGAAACAAGUAGAGUGUUUAAUCAUUGUUGGGUUGUGGUGUGCUCACCCAGACUACGUGAUGAGGCCUUCGAUACAACAAGCGAUUCAAGUACUUAACUUCGAAGUUCCGGUGCCAAUUCUUCCAUCGAAAUUCCCUGUGGCGACCUAUUUUGCUUCUGCAGUAUCGUUCUCCAAGUUUUCCGACAAUAAUAGCGGUUCAAGUAGAGGUCAAAGCGAGCCUUCUACCAAUGGUUAUAGCACAUAUUCCUCACAGUUCACUACAUCUUCUACAACAGACUCUUAAAUAUCGACAUCCUUUCAGGAAGAGCUGCUGGCAUGGUGUAUGUGUGUUGUAAUUUUUCUGUGUCAUUUUAGUUUCGUGUAAAUAAAUCCACUUGGUGGUGUUUUUAUUUUGUACUUGCAGUUGCUGUAGAUUAAGUACUAUAACAGAGCGUGAAUAUGUGCCUGUCCUAUUUCGUCUUCAGUUAGUUG